UAAAACGCCGAAAAUUGUCCACCAACGCAGAAAAUGUUAGUGCAAAGUUGCAAUUGUGGGUCAAAAGCUUCCGAUAAGUUCUAAAAAUUCUAUACCUACUAAAUGGAAUGGCCUUUAAAAUGGAAAUGUCGACCAUAAAAUCGACCUAUUUGAGGAAAUUACUAGUUUUUUGAUGGUUGCAGAGGAAAGCAUAGACGUGACCAACGAAGAGGACGACACGCCCUCCUCAAAUUGCGGCGUUUCGUCGAGUAGUGGCCCCCUCAGGCCCGAACCACAGCCGGCCUCCUUAGCCAGCAGCCUCUACCCACCGACCCACGAAACGAUCUACGAAACCUCGGCAAGACUGCUUUUCAUGGCUGUGAAAUGGGCGAAAAACCUGCCCAGCUUUGCCAGCUUGCCCUUUAGGGACCAGGUUAUCCUGUUGGAAGAAGCCUGGAGCGAGUUGUUUCUCCUGAACGCCAUCCAAUGGUGCAUGCCGUUGGACGUUUCGGCCAGCCCACUCUUCAACCUGAACGAGCACAGCAAAAAUGGCAAUUCCACUGCUGAGGUGCGCGUUUUGACCGACAUCCUCAUCAGGUUUAAGUCGGUCCAUGUGGAUCCUGCCGAAUUCGCCUGCUUGAAAGCCAUCGUCCUCUUCAGAGCUGAAACCAAAGGCCUGAAGGACCCGAGCCAGAUCGAAAAUCUGCAAGACCAGGCCCAAGUGAUGCUGUGGCAACAUUGCCGGACGCAACUGCCGGGCCAGGUUGCCAGAUUUGGCAGGCUGCUGCUGAUGCUGCCCCUAUUGCGGAUAGUGCCCGCUUCCAGAAUCGAGGCAGUUUUCUUCCAGAAAACCAUCGGCAACACCCCGAUGGAAAAAGUGCUCUGCGACAUGUACAAGAACUGACUAGUCGAUUUGCUUGCUCUUCUCAAGUGAGCUCAAAAACCCUGUAUAGAGUAAUAUAUAAAAAAGUGUCAAAUUAACUUAAGCAAAAAAAGUAGUCCCAGUUUGGCUAAAUUGUUAUACAGGCCCUUGUACGAUGACCAUGUUGUGAUGUUUAUGCUAGUCAUGUAUUAUAAGUUCAACAAAUAAAGUAUAUGUCUAUA